AUGGCAAGAGAAGAAAGUCAGCGAUUGUUGAGGACGAAUACACUGGACACGAAAAAUUGUGUUCAAAUGAUAAAGAAAUUACUUACAAGAUCGAUCAUUACAUCUGAUAAUGCGGGGAUUGAAAGGAACAAUUUGGUGUCUGAAGAGCGAAUAAGAUACAAACCAUUACCAUUAAAUACAUACCGUUUAAAGCCCUGCAGUGAAAGAGUAGGAAAUACACGGUUUUUAAUAACAGAAUCAGGCACCGUGCGAUUGGAAAAUUCGAAAUCAAGAAACUCUGGUAUUUUAUUGACGGAAUCAGUUGAAAUUUCACAGAAUGGAAUGCAGAUAACCUACACACAGUGUAGAGAGAUACCACAAUACAAUACAGAUAUCAUCGAACCAGAAUACUCUGUCAGAAGAAAAACAUAUACUUUAGAAGCUUUACCACAGAAACUAUAUAAAUAUUAUGACCGAGCAACAAAGUUUGUUGAGUUAGUUAAAGCCACAACACCCAAGAUUAUCGUGUAUACAAAGUCUAUGAAAUGCAUGCUGAUGGAAAAUUCUAAAAAUACAUGUUUCGUUGCCAGUUUUAAUAAUGGUCAAACUUAUAUACGAAAAGGAGAAGAUAUUGACAUGUAUGAUGUCGAGUCUGAGAUAUUCGUUCCUGUUAGUAAAGAUAAAUCAUAUAUUACACAAUUUAAUCAAGAAACCAGUGCCCUCAUUUGUAAGGCCUCUAUGAGAUAUAAAACUAUGAAGAAGUUGAAUAAACAAGUCUCGUCAAAUAAAGUUAUAACCUUUCCGUUAACUUUAGGAAGGCAGGUUUUCUGA